AUGACCGAAAAUGAAAUUGUUCGCACAUUUAUCAAAGCUCAUGACCCACCCUACUUUGAAGAGAUUUUUCGUAUGACUGGUUGUUCCUUUGCUGAGAUUGUCAACAAAUUGGAAGAGUAUGACGAGUUUAUGAGAGCAGGCAAGAUUGUUAAUGUUUCAGCUUUAAAGUCGCAGUUGGAAGCUAUGCAAAGCCAAAACAGCAGCGGUAAAAAGUCUCAGUUUAAGAAGAAAGACGAGGAAGCUUCCUUUGUUUGGAACCAAGGUCGGCCUGUUGACCAGUUAUAUGAGCAAUUGAAAGCUGCUGGGAAGAUUAGUACGGUACCCCCUAAGACCUAUUCCAAAGAAUUUCCCAUUGGUUAUGAUCCUCAGUCAUUUUGUGCUUAUCAUUCGGGAGCCCCUGGACAUUCAACGGCCAAUUGCUGGGCGCUUAAGCAUAAAAUCCAAGAUAUGAUCGAGGCCGGAGACAUAGUUCUGAGAAUGAGGGAUGAACAAAGGCCAAGUGUUAGCAACAAUCCUCUUCCCGCACACAAAGAUACCGUAGGAGCUGUUAACACAGAGGAAGAGAGUGAGGAACCUACACAGUACAUUGUAGACAAAGCUGAGAUAAUAGGGGUCAUCGGAGAACCGUUCAUACUGGAGGAAGAAGCCUAUGAAGCCAAGGAAAAUACUGACCCAUUUAUUCUGGAAAUGAUACCUUUCGAAUGUGAGCCUUCGGAGCUCGUGGUACUUGAAUUGCCUGAGCAAGUUCCUGUUCUUAAUUUGCAAGAGAUCUCAUGGAAUUAUAGCGAGCCUACAUUGCUAAUUGGAGGAGAGGAAGUGUCCAAGAAGGAGGUGGAUGCUAUUACUAGAUCUGGAAGAAUUAUAGGGGAACCCGCAGUUGAUGAAUCUUCAAAAGCAAAAGAAAGUGCUAUGCCAACAAAACCAGUUGUGACAGACGAAGAGGCCUUUAAUUUCCUUAAGAUGUUGAAGAAGAGCGAAUACAAAGUGAUUGAGCAAUUGGACAAAAUGCCUGCUCAAAUUUCUAUGUUAAACCUACUGUUGACUUCUGAACUUCAUAGAACAGCUUUACUCAAAGUGUUAAAUGAGGCUCAAGUUCCUAAAAACAUUCCAAUUGACAAAUUCACCAAUGUAGUUGAACAUGUUUUGGCUCCCAAUCGGAUUUCUUUUCCUGAUGAAGAUCUAACUGCCGAAGGGAUUGGACACAACAAAGCCUUGUAUAUCUCAGUCCGCUGUAACGGGAAACUUUUGUCAAAAGUUCUGAUAGACAAUGGAUCCACCCUCAAUAUCUGUCCCUGGAAUACCUUGAUUAAGUUAGGGUUUCAAGAGGCUAAAUUGCGGCCGUCUACCACCGUAGUGAGAGGAUUUGAUGGCGCGAGAAGGGAAUCAAUGGGGGAGGUGGAUUUAGUGCUGGAGAUCGGACCUGCCCAAUUUCAAGUCAUGUGCCAAGUCAUGGAUUUUUCAAGUGUUUACAACGUUCUUCUUGGACGGCCUUGGAUUCACACUUCGGACACUAUACCAUCUUCGCUCCAUCAAAUGUUGAGAUUUGUCGCGAAUGGCCAAUUGAUUACAGUUUUUGCAGAAGAUGAUUGUACAAUGAUUGUUAAUUCUGGAACAAAUGGGGAAAAUAGUAUAGAAUCUCUGGUUUCUCCUCACCAUGUGGCUGACAUUGUCUCUGUGGGAUGA